AUGCAACCUGGUACCAGUGCAGUGGUUGGCCAGAUAAUAAUAGUCCAAUCUAUUCUUGAUAGUUCCGAUGGAGAAACUUGUGCGCUUUGCGCUGACGCAAUCCGUUUUCAGUGCACAUUUCCCAAUUUACCUUUCCAUUUCGCUAUGGUGGGGCUUGAUAGCUUCGUUGCAACUGUUGAUGGCACUAAGGCAUCUCAUAGUCAUCCUCAACACCUCGGUUUUUAUUCUUAA